AUGGCUUCACGCAGACUUUGGCUUUGUAAAGCUUCUUCUUUCCGGCAUCGAUGGCCUCGAUCGUCAGAUGGAGCAGAGUUCCAGCAACCACUUGAUCCUCGAUCGUCAGAUGGAGCGAAGCAAGCGAGGUGUUCGGUUUCGAGGCUGUUCUGGGAGGCAUGGGAUUCGUGGACUCCGCCGAGAGUGGCCAUGUUUUGGAGUUGGGAGGGAUUUGAUUCUUCUGCGAAGGAUGAGAAUGCAAGGAAAGGUAAGAAGACGAAGAGGUUGAGUUGCAUAAACAGACGCAAGGAGGAAGAAGAAGAUAAUUUCGAUUUCAAUUUCGCCGGAGGACACUUGUAG